GUCCUAGAAAUCUCUCAUUUAUGAACUGUCAACUAGGACACGAACAGCUGUGGCACUGUAAGCUGUCACCUCCGGAACUGCCUAGCCUUGGACGCCACCCUACUUCCAAGUACCCAUCUCCAAUACGAUGUCCAUCAAACACUGGACAUCCCGAUUAUUCCUGAAGUCCUAUCAACUACCUGCUAGGGACAUUGACUAUGCUCCGGCAGCUAUUGACUGUCUUUCAGUAGCUCUAUGAUGGGUACCAGUCUACGUAUCAGUUUUCCAUGAUAUGGCCUAUCAAGAGCAAUGCAAGCCCCAGCGUUCUGGGCAUUCACAAGCCUCUGGGAGAUCUCCAACGGCAUGUGGAGUUGCAUCAACCUGAAGUGCCAAUCUGCCAUGCGUCACAGGCCCCGCCCCCACACUGAGCUCCCGGAACGCCAGCCUUGUGAUGCAGUUCUAGAUUCCCGAUUCUAUUUCUAUAUCACAGCUCAAGCAGUUUCCUGUAUUGCAGUCGCACCCGCCCAACCGACUACCAAUGCCACCGCCUACCCAUCCCCAAAAUGAAGAAGACACUCCUCCUCUGUUUCAUCCACGGCUUCAAGGGUAACGACCACACCUUCGGCCCCAACCAAGCCUUCCCAACCCACCUCCUCUCCCUCCUCCGCCCCCUCCUCCCCAAACUCAACCUCGAAUUCCUCAUCUACCCCACCUACGAAACCCGCGGCGACCUAACCGAUUGCGUCAACCGCUUCCGCGACUGGCUCCUCAACAAGGUAAUCGACCUCGAAGUCUCCCUCGGCACCCCCUCCCCCACCGUGGAACCCGGCGUCCGCGUCAUCCUGAUCGGCCACUCCAUGGGCGGCAUCGUCGCCGCCGAAACAGCCAUCUCCAUCGCCUCCGAACAAGCAAUCAACGGCUCCAUCCCCAACAACGGCAACUCCCCCGACCAAGGCAACAUGAAAGCACCCCUCAACUCCCUCAUGUUCCCCUACAUCCAGGCCGUCCUCGCUUUCGACACCCCUUAUCUCGGCAUCUCCCCCGGCGUCGUCGCCCACGGGGCAGAAACGCACUACUCCAAAGCAGCAGAAGUGAUGGGUCAACUAAGCGGCCUGGCAUCGAUAUGGGGCGGUGCUUCUUCCAACGCAGCCAAAGAAAACCACCACCAACAACGACAAGCUCCCCAAAAAGCCAUCGAAGCCCCUCCAUCCACCCAGAAACAACAACAACAACAACAGCAACAACCAGACCAAAAACCACAAACCGGAGGAAGCGGCUGGGGAAAAUGGGGAACCCUCGCCCUGGCAGCCGGAGCAGUAGGCGCAAUAACCGCAACAGGAGCGGCAGCCUACCUCAAGCGCGAGCAGAUAACCCAAGGCCUCACCUGGGCCACCUCCCAUCUCGAAUUCGUCGGCUGCCUCGCCCGAAAAGAAGAACUUCGGAAGCGGGUGGCGUACAUGAUGCGCCUCAACAAGGAGCUGAACGUCGGUUUUGGGAACCUCUACACCCGGCUGGGUAAAAGUGCCGGGGCUCUCGAAAAGGUCAGCAUGGUCGGCACGGUGCUGGGAGACGAGAGGACGUUUUGCGUGGUGCCGCAGAGGGAUCAGGCCGGGGAUUGGCGACCAGCAAUUAACGACAAGGCGAGGGAUGAGACGUGGGCGCACAUGUCAAUGUUCGAACCAAAAGAGAAUCCAGGAUACGACAAACUCUCCGCUGAUGCGAGAGAUAUGAUCGCAAGCUGGGUAAACCAGGAAUGGUAUGAGAGCUCGACGGAGACGAUACACGCAUGAAGAACAACAUAAUAAGGGGCCAAUGGCUCGGCGUUGAGGUUGGGACGGUUGCUUUGUUUUGGAAAUCGGCGUUCUUCUUUGUUAUGGGGUUCUCCUUCCGCCCCCUUUUCCUCCUUGCCUUUCAGGAUAACCAGGUGCUCGCGGCUUCGCUUUCUAUGAUGCUCCUCCUCUUGUCUAUAACGUCGUACUAGUACACAAGUAAGAUACCACACACGUUGAUCUUUUCCGCCCAGUCCUUUUCAACGCAUUAGAAAUGAC